AAAAUUGGAGAGGGACAAAGACGUGGGAAGAGAGAUUUCUUCUGUAGAAUUUCCACUUUGUCACGCUUUCAACUUUCAAGUUUCUGCUUUGAAAAAAAGACAAGAAUAGAAGAGGAUUCCGAGAGAGACAAAUAGACAAUGAAAACAAGAAGAAAAAAAAGCCUCAAAUAUUCACAUCUCUUCGUUAUCUGAUCCCUUCAAUUUCGUAUUUAAAACAUCUCUCUUUCUUUGUGUCCAAGACUUGAAGCCCUGACGAUUCAAUUGAACUCAUAAUCAUAUAUUCUUUAAUUCAAAUUUGUAUAAUACUUCUCGGGGUUUUAUUAUUCCUUAUCAACAUUUACUAGAGUGGGCAUGGGGCUGAAGAACAGUGAUUGUCAAAUAGAAGGAUCAAAGUCAGGGAAGAGUAGUAACGGCUUCAUUCCGACGUCGUUUAGAGCACUUUCGAGGAUUGUAUCCUCUGGUGCUUCAACGGUUGCUUCCACAGUUAGGUCUGCUGCUUCUGCUAUUGUGGAUAGGGACAAUGAUUCUACCCAUGAUCAGGUUCUGUGGGCUGGAUUUGACAAGCUGGAAUGUGAGGGAGGCAGUACUCGUCAAAUCUUGCUCUUGGGGUGUCAGUAUGGUUUCCAGGUUUGGGAUGUUGAAGAUUGUGAUAAUGUACACAACUUGGUUUCCAGGCAAGAUGGUCCUGUUUCUUUCAUGCAAACAUUACCAAAACCAAUAGCAUCAAAGAAGCACGAGGACAGAUUUUCUGGUAGUCACCCAGUUUUAAUACUUUGUGCUGAUGUGUCAUUGUCUGGAGGUAGUAACAUUCGGGAGGGCAUAGGAAAACUUCAUGAUGGGACCAUCCAACAGUAUCAUGACCAAGCAAGUACUGGUUUUCUGCCCACUGCUGUUUGGUUUUAUUCCCUGACAUCUCACUCUUAUGUGCAUCAGUUGAAGUUCAGAUCAGCUGUUCACUUGGUAAGAUGUAGUUCUCGAGUGAUUGCAAUCUUACAAGCAGCUCAGAUACACUGCUUUGAUGCUGCAACUCUAGAUAAGGAAUAUACUGUUGUUACCAAUCCUGUCAUCCCGGGUUUUUCAGGGUUCGGCAGUAUAGGUGUGGGACCUCUCGCUUUAGGUCCCAGAUGGAUGGCCUAUAGUGGAAGUCCAAUUACCAUCUCAAAUUCUGGUCAUGUUAGUCCGCAACAUGUUACUCCUUCAGAUAGUCUUCCCAGUUCGGCUACAAAUGGGAGCCUUUUUGCUCAUUAUGCAAAGGAAUCCAGCAAGCAACUUGCUGGUGGUAUUGUGACUCUAGGGAUCAUUGGGUAUAAGAAGCUCACUAGGCACUAUUCUGACCUGUCACCAGAUGGUAAUAGUUCUCAAUCUCGGAAUGCUCGUCUGAAGAUACCAGGAACUGAUAACGGUCAUUUCCCAGGUGCAGAGAGUGUUGGAAUGGUCAUUGUCAGAGACAUCGUCAGCAAAGCUCUUAUUGCGCAGUUUAGGGCACAUAAGAGUCCUAUUUCAGCUCUAUGCUUUGAUCCUAGCAGUACUCUUCUGGUGACAGCUUCAGUUCAGGGUCAUAAUAUCAAUGUAUUCCGGAUAAUGCCUAUACUAUCUGAAAAUACCUCGGCUAGUGAUCCUGGUUCAUCCUAUGUUCAUCUUUACAGACUGCAGCGUGGUCUGACUAAUGCUGUCAUACAAGACAUAAGUUUUAGUAGUGAUAGCCAGUGGAUUAUGAUAAGUUCUUCCAGAGGGACUAGCCAUUUAUUUACAAUUUCUGCUUCAGGAGAAGUGGUUGAUUUUCAAUCUUCAGAUGCAUGUCUUACUAAUAUGAGUAAUGGCUCUGUUGUGAUGGAAAAACCUGCAGUUCAUUGCGCCUCGAAUUCAAAAAUUCAGGUGCUUAAUCAACAGAGCAUCUCUGAAUCUGGCCCUCCAGUGGCCCUUUCUGUUGUUGGUCGAAUAAGGAGUGGAAGUAUUGGUUGGAGAAAUACUGUAAGUGGUGCUGCAGCUGUUGCAACUGGACAGUUGAGUUCUUUUUCUGGGUCCAUAGCUUCAGCUUUUCGCAACUGCAGAAGUACUAAUCAAUAUGCUGAUUUAGGCCUUCCAAAAGCAAAUUAUUGGCUGCUUGUUUUUUCUUCUCCGGGCUGUAUGACACAAUAUGCAUUGCGUAUGUGUUCUGGGCUAGAUUUGAUACCAACUAUUCCUGCUGUGGGUUCAACUUACAGAGCAGGUCCUGAAGUGGAUUCAAGAUUAGUGGUAAAGGCAAUCCAAAAGUGGAAUAUUUUCCAGAAACAAAAUUGCAAAGAACGAGAUGAUAAUGCUGAUAUAUAUGGUGAGUUUGGUAGUUCUGAUAGCAGUAAAGUAUUUCCUGAAGGAAUAACAAAGGGAAAUGGUCUCUAUUCCAAGACUAGGGACACAAUCACUAAAGGAAAGACAAGUUCAGAGGAAAAACAUCACAUUUACAUAUCUGAAGCAGAGCUUCAAAUGCAUAAACCUCAGAAUCCGCUAUGGGCAAAACCUGAGGUAUUUUUUCAAUCAUUUGUUAGGGAUAGGAUUUAUGUUGUUGAUGGUUGUGGUGGAGAGGCUGAGGUUGAAGUAAUUGCAACUCAUAUGGUUGAGGCGAGGUCAAAGCAUUUAUAUCCAGUUUUUAAUCACCUUCAAGCUUCCAAGACCCAACAAGGGAGGCUUCAUGUUCAUAGCGACAAUGGCCAAAAGCUAUCUCCAAGGCCGGAGGUCUCUGAAAACAGCAAGCUUAUGUUAAAUAGUGGUUGUGCCUCUAUUGAUGGAUCCAGCAUUGAACUUCACCAUUGCAGAGAAACCGCGUGCAAUAGUCUUCGGAUGACAAGUCAUAAAAGUAGAGACUUUAUAAAUAGUAGGGACAGCCCUGAAGCAGCCACUCGCCUAGAUUUCGUCAAUAACACAAGGAGCACCGUGAUGCAGACAAAUCAAAGUUUGUAAAUCGCAAAACUACUUGGUGCAAAAACGGAGAAUCAUUUCGAAGAUGAAGUUGGCGAGUCUAAUUGAAACUGAAGGUUUUCCUCCAAUUAUUUAGGUGGAAGGCUCCUGGAAGGGUUAGUAUUUUGUUGGUGAAUAUGUAAAGAAUUAAGAGGUAGGAGGGUCCUCGACUGUGAUGCUCAAACUGUGAGUAAUUUGACAUUGUAAAUAACAAACUAUGAAGCUGUAAAUAGUAGAACCAGUAACUUGUUGCCUUAUAUUGCUCUCGUCUUUCACCCAUCAAUAUCAAGCAUUUUUAUCUCUAAA